AUGGACCCUACGUGUCACGUACAACAAGUCUUCCCUGCUCAGAACUCUGCGUGGAAAGCGUUCUUUGAGCCCAGUGGCGGGGUAGACAAGGAGCACCGCCAUCUGCAGCAGGUACUGGCACCACAGCCGCCGCCAGCCAAACCCAAGAAGAAACGCGUUCGGCGGCAGAAACAGGAGCUCUUAUACCUGCGGGAGCUGGUCAAGAAGUUGGAGGAGCAGAUGACGGAACUCAAACUUAAUCAACCCCCUCCGACUGUCGAGAACAGCAGCAAUGAGACCGCUGUGGCCGAAACUAAGAGAAACAAUGCACCGAUUUGGAGAGGGAUAGCAGAGCGGCAGCUUAAGGAGCGGACACGAGUGGAGGAGAAGAACCAGAAGCUGCGAGCGUCACUCAAGGGGCAGCUGAAGCUAGCCAUGAAGCUGGAGGGGCUGCUACGCAAGCGACCAAGAGAUGAGGAAGUGGCUUCGUUGGCGAUUCCCAAACGUGUAAAGCACUUGGCCAACUCGCUAGUUUGUCCUACUGACGACGAGAUCUUCGCGGAGCAGUUGGCGCACAUAGAGCGCGCCCAUCUCGACGAGGAUCGGCUUUUCAACGUGCCGGAAUUCACGAACUCCACCGCCACUUUCUGCAAUCUACACGUGAUGAACGACCCACAGUCGGAUACCAGUGUCGCGUUCAUCAAAAGAGCGAGAUCGAUGCUUCCGUUAGACGUUCAAGUGACCGAGAGGGCCUUUUGGCGUGCAAUUGCUGAAGAAGGCUCCAAGAAGGACAGCUACUUUCUCGACGAACGGUUGGCGACUGAGACAGUGGUUGCUCGCGCUUACGGUCUCUAUUUCAACGCUGGUCCAUUCCACGCAAACGUCCGUGGGAAGCAGACGCAUCGCAAAUGCGUCGUGGGCGACCGGGUCGUGAUCAUGUGGAAGUGGGUCGUGAACCCGGUGGAGCUCAACGGGACCAAGUUCAGCGGCGUGCGUUGCCACGAGACGGGCUGGAUUGUGCUUCGUGAUGUCAAAGUCGGUGGUGCCAGCUCCACGUCGACGCUGCUGCAGUCGUAUUCCAAGAUGACCAUGGAGCUGCAGGACGACAUUGUCGACCAAGAGUUUCAAAUAAUCGCCGACAUCCUCGUGGAGGAAGACUGGAAUAUCAACGGCUGGCUCGGCAGUAGUCAUGACCACUGCGUUCCGCGGGAGGAGGCGCUGGCGCUGUUCUCCGACUUGAACACGGACAUGAAGACCAGCAGUGCGGACUGCAGCGCGGGCAAGCUGCUGUCGCCAGAUUCCGCGCCAAUAGUGAAGGAGGAGCCCGCGCAGCCGCCAGCCAAGCCCAAGAAGAAGCGCAUCAGGCGACAGAACCUGGAGCUGGACUAUCUGCGGCAGCUGGUGGGGAAGCUGGAGGAGCAGAUGACGCAGCUCAAGGCCAUGACUGCAGUUGUCAUCUGCUGA